AUGGACACUUCACGUGAAAUAUCCCACAGCAUAAAUCCCAACAAUCUCGAGGGCAUUUUAGUCCGUGUUCAACGGAGAAGGGUUUUGGAAGUGCCUCUAAAUAUAAGAUCCUUUAUUAGCAGCGUUACUACUGCUGCACUCGAGAAUGUAGAAAUACCGCUGAGGGACUUUAUCUGGGAGUUUGAUAAGGGAGAUUUUCAUCACUGGAUCGAUCUUUUUAAUCAUUUUGACUCAUUCUUUGAGAAGUUUAUAAAGCCAAGGAAGGAUUUGCAACUUGAAGACAAUUUUCUAGAAGGGGAUCCUCCAUUUCCUAGGGAAGCAGUUCUUCAAAUUCUUCGAGUCACAAGGAUUAUUGUAGAAAAAUGUACAAAUAAGCACUUGUACAGUUCAUUUGAGCAGCAUCUGUCAUCUCUUCUAGCUUCAACUGAUGCAGAUGUUGUUGAGGCAAGCCUUCAGACAUUGACUGCAUUUUUGAAGAAAACAGUUGGGAAGUGCUCCAUACGAGAUACUUCUUUGACUUCAAAGUUAUUUGCAUUUUCACAAGGGUGGGGGGGCAGGGAAGAAGGCAUUGGACUUAUUGCUUGUUCUAUACAAAAUGGUUGCGAUCCAAUUGCUUCUGAGAUUGGCUCCACACUUCAUUUUGAGUUCUAUUCUGUUCAUGAUACAUCAAAAGAGUCCAAUAUUGUCCAACAUGAGAAACAGGGGUUGCAAGUCCUUCAUAUGCCAAAAAUCAAUUGUUACAGUGAGAAUGAUCUUGAACUUCUUCAUAAGUUAGUUAAGGAGUACAGUAUACCUCCCAGUCUACGAUUCUCACUAUUGACAAGGUUGAGAUUUGCAAGGGCUUUUGACUCUUUAGCUGCUCGAUAUCAGUACAUCCGUAUCCAGUUAUAUGCCUUCAUAGUUCUUGUUCAAGCAAGCAAUGAUGCUGAUGAUAUGGCAGCUUUUUUUAACAAUCAACCUGAAUUUAUCAAUGAACUGUUAUCUUUACUAAGCUAUGAAGAUGAAAUUCCUGAGAAAAUUCAAAUCCUGGGAAUUCAGUCAUUGGUUGCUCUUUGUCAAGACAGAUCUCAUCAACCUACAGUUUUGUCUUCUGUAACAGCUGGUGGCCAUCGUGGAAUCCUUCCCAGUCUCAUGCACAAAGCAGUUGAUUCUAUUACCAGCGGUUCCACAAAAUGGUCUAUCGGUUUUGCUGAAGCGCUUCUAUCUCUUGUCUCCAUUUUGGUUUCAUCUACUCCUGGUUCUUUAGCUCUGCAGGAAGCAGGAUUUAUACCUACUAUUUUGCCCCUUCUUAAAGAUACUAAUCCACAACACCUACAACUUGUUAGUACUGCAGUUCAUGUGAUUGAGGGCUUCCUAGACUUCCAUAAUCCCUCUUCAGCAUUAUUCAGAGAUUUAGGUGGUCUGGAUGAUACUAUUGCACGCCUGCAGAUUGAAGUAUCACACGUUGGGAAGGGUUCAAAAAAGAAUGGAGAAGAGCCUCAGCAUAAUGGUAAGGGCAAGCAAGUCAUGGGCAGUUCAUCUGAGCUGGAUACACAACCUCUUUAUUCUGAAUCCUUGGUUUCAUAUCACCGGAAGUUAUUAAUGAAACCAUUACUCCGGACGAUAUCACUUGCAACUUAUGUCCCUGGUAGUUCUGCUCGUGUUGAUGGCGCAGAAGAGAGUGUGUUGCCACCAUGCUUGUGCGUUAUUUUUAGGAGGGCAAAAGACUUUGGCGGUGGAGUGUUUUCACUUGCUGCAAAUGUUAUGAGUGAUCUUAUACAUAAAGAUCCCACAUGUUUUCCUGCCCUUGAUGCAGCUGACUUGCCUCGGGCUUUUCUUGAUGCCAUCACGAGUGGUGUUCUCUGCUCUGCUGAAGCAGUAAUAUGUAUCCCCCAGUGCUUGGACGCAUUGUGUCUUAACAACACUGGUCUUAAACUGGUGAAGGAUCAUGAUGCUCUAAGGUGUUUCGUGAAAAUUUUCACUUCGAGGUCAUAUUUAAAAGCCCUCAGUGGAGAAACACCAGGAACCUUGUCCAGUGGAUUGGAUGAAUUAAUGCGUCAUGCAUCCUCCCUACGUGCUUCUGGAGUUGAUGUGCUUAUUUCAAUUUUGAAUACAAUAUCAAAAAGUGGAUCUGGCUUAGAGUCUUGUUCUCCAACAGAGUUGCCAAGCUCUUGUACUCCUGUUCCCAUGGAAACUGACCUAGAAGAGAGGAAGCUUAUUUCACUUGGUGAAGGGGAAACAUUGAAGAUGGGAAAUUCUGAACUGAUGAAUGAGGUGUCUUCAGAUAAUGCAUCUAUGACCAUAGAGUCAUUUCUUCCUGAGUGUAUAAGCAAUGCUGCUCGUCUUCUUGAAACUGUUCUUCAGAAUGCAGAUACAUGCCGUGUAUUCAUUGAGAAAAAGGGUAUUGAAGCAGUUCUUAAAUUAUUUACUCUUCAGUUAUUGCCAAUUUCUGUGUCAGUUGGUCAGAGUAUAUCUAUUGCAUUUAAAAACUUUUCACCUCAGCAUUCUGCUGCGUUGGCUAAGGCUGUUUGCUCUUUCGUCCGAGAACAUCUUAAGCUGUCAAAUGAAUUACUUUCAUCAGUUUGUGGAACUAAGCUAGCUGAUAUUGACUGCUUAAAACAAACUGAAGUCUUGAAAUGUCUCUCUAGUUUAGAGGGGCUGUUGUCACUUUCCAAUUUUCUUUUGAAGGGAACAACUUCUAUGGUCUCAGAGUUGGGAUCUGCAGAUGCGGAUAUUCUGCAGGAAUUGGGUAAGGCUUACAAAGAAAUAAUGUGGCAGAUCUCUUUAUCUAGUGAUUCCAAGAUAGAUGAGAAGCGGGAUACUGAUCAAGAAGCUGGAACUGGAGAUUCUUCUGCUUCUAAUGUACCAGGAAGGGAGAGCGAUGAUGAUGGAAAUAUUGUUCCAGUAGUCCGAUAUAUGAACCCUGUAUCAAUAAGGAAUACAUCUUCAUCGCGAUGGAGUGUAGAACAGGAUUUUGUGUCUGUGGUACGUUCUGCUGGAAGUAUGCAUCGGCAUGGUCGACAUGCAUUGUCACGGAUACGUGGUGGUAGGAUUAGCCGGCAGAUGGAUGCAACACAUACCGAUUCAGAAAUUUCCAUUAGCACAUUAGAGAGUUCCCUGAUUCAGUAUACUAAAAAGAGAAGUCCAGACAUCCUUGUCUCAGAACUUCUAACCAAACUUGGUUUAGCUUUGCGUUCCUUUUUUGCUACUCUUGUGAAAGGGUUAUCUGCUCGUCGUAGAGGUGAUUCCAGUUCCCUGAGUCCUGCAUCGAAGAGCCUUGUGACUGCUCUCGCGAAACUUUUCUUUGAUGCCCUUAGUUAUUCUGGACAUUCUAUUGCCGGCCUUGAAAUGUCAUUAUCUGUUAAAUGUCGGUAUCUUGGAAAGGUUGUAGAAGACAUGGCUGCACUUACUUUUGACAGCAGACGUCGUACAUGCAAUACCACAUUGGUGAACAGUUUUUAUGUCAAUGGAACAUUUAAGGAGCUUCUGACUACAUUUGAGGCUACAAGCCAGUUACUGUGGACUCUGCCUUUAUCUAUCCCGACUGCUGGGUCUGAUCAAGGACACUCUAUUGAUGAGAAGGUAUCUCACAGUUCUUGGCUGCUGGAUACGUUGCAAAGCUAUUGUCGUUUGCUGGAAUAUCAUUGCAAUUCUUCGUUGCUUUUAUCUCCAACAUUGCCAUCUCAGGCUCAGCUUCUUGUUCAACCUGUUGUGGCUGGAUUAUCAAUUAAUCUUUUCUCUGUUCCAAGGGACCCUGAGGCAUUUGUUCGCAUGUUGCAAUCACAAGUUCUAGAUGUGAUCCUUCCUGUAUGGAAUCACCCUAUGUUUCCUAAUUGUAAUUCAGCUUUUAUUACCUCCAUGAUUUCCAUUAUUACUCAUAUAUACUCUGGUGUUGGAGAUCCGAAGCGUGGUCGCAAUGGAAUCACAGGAAGCACUGGCCAACGGCUCACUAGCCCUCCGCUUGAUGAAUCUACUGUUGCCAAUAUAGUUGAGAUGGGUUUUACCAGGGCUCGAGCUGAGGAAGCUCUGAGAAAUGUGGGCACAAAUAGUGUUGAGAUGGCCACAGAUUGGUUGUUUAGCCAUCCUGAGGAAUUUGUGCAGGAGGAUGUUCAGCUUGCUCAGGCACUUGCUUUGUCCUUGGGAAAUUCAUCAGAAACACCCAAAGAGGAUAGCAAUGAUAAGACAAGAAAUGCAUUUGCUGAAGAGAGGGUGCCGGAGAUGCCCCCAGUUGAUGAUAUUCUUGGUACAUCAAUGAAGUUGUUUCAAAGUAGUGAUUCGAUGGCAUUUCCAUUGACAGAUCUGUUAGUGACACUUUGCAAUCGAAACAAAGGGGAGGACCGUCCAAGGGUGACGUUGUAUCUCGUUCAGCAGAUUAAGCUUUGCCCAUCAGAUUUUUCGAAGGAUAUCAGUGCACUAUGUCCUAUCUCGCAUAUUUUGGCGCUGCUUCUCAGUGAAGACGGUAGCACAAGGGAAAUUGCUGCAGAGAAUGGUACCGUUUCUGUUGUACUGGAUAUACUGGCUAGCUUCAGAGUAAGGAAUGGGUCCAGAAAUGAGCCUUCAGCAACAAGAAUUGUAAGUGCUUUGUUGCUUAUUAUCAAUAAUAUGUUGCAGUCUGGACCUAAAUUUGCGUUUGAGAAGAUUUUAGGGAAAUCAACUGGUUAUCUAUCUCUCGAGGAGAGUCAACGGGCAUUGGCUAUCUCAUGUGAACUUAUAAAGCAGCAUGUUCCAGCAGUAGCUAUGCAGGCUAUUCUACAAUUAUGUGCACGCUUGACAAAAACACAUGCUAUAGCAACACAGUUCCUUGAAACUGGAGGUUUAGCUGCUCUUUUUAGUCUUCCAAGAACUUGUAUAUUCCCUGGGUUUGACAGCUUAGCAUCUGUUAUUGUUCGGCACCUCAUUGAAGAUCCUCAAACUCUACAAACUGCUAUGGAAUUGGAAAUCAGGCAGACCCUUACUGGCACUCUUAGCCGACAUGCUGGCCGUCUUUCACCUCGCAUAUUUUUGACAUCCAUGGCACCUGUCAUAUCUAGAGAUCCUGAGAUCUUUAUGAGAGCUGCAGCUGCAGUUUGUCAAUUGGAGUCAUCAGGAGGGAGGAUGAACAUAGUCUUGUUGAAGGAAAAAGAAAAAGAUAAGGACAAAAUGAAAGCUUGUGGCAUUGAAACUGGGGUCCCUUCUAAUGAGCCUAUUAAGAUGCCUGAGAAUAGACCUAAUGAUACCGGCAAAUGUUCUAGAAGCCAUAAAAGAGUUCCUGCUAAUCUUUCCCAGGUGAUUGAUCAACUUUUGGAAAUUGUUAUGAGCUUUCCGUCGGCAAAGAAAAUUGAAGAAAGUGCUAGUGCGGUAACUCCUAUGGAAGUUGAUGAAUCUGCUAUAAAGGAAAAGGGUAAAUCAAAAGUUGAUGAGACAAAGAAGGUGGAUGAUGAUAGUCUCUCUGAAAGAUCUGCAUGGCUGGCGAAGUUGACAUUUGUCCUGAAGUUGAUGAGUGACAUACUUCUCAUGUAUGUCCAUGCAGUAAGUGUAAUCUUGAGACGGGAUAUGGAGACAUGUCAGCUACGGGGAUCUGUGCUAGCAGGUGGCCCUGGAAAUGGCGGAAUAGUGCAUCAUGUUUUGCAUCAGCUACUUCCAGUGUCUUCUGAGAGAACUGCUGAAACCUCAGAUGAAUGGAAAGAUAAAUUGUCUGAAAAAGCAUCUUGGUUCUUGGUAGUGUUAUGCGGCAGAUCUACUGAGGGGCGCAGACGAGUUAUUUCUGAAAUUGUGAAAGCAUUUUCUUCUAUUUUAGAUUCAGAAGGCAACUCCUCUAAAAGCAGUUUGUUACCUGACAAGAAGGUUUUAGCUUUUGCUGGUCUGGUAAAUUCUAUUUUGUCCAGAAAUUUGUCGUCCAGUAACUUGCCUGGUCCUGGAUGCUCACCUGAUUUUGCUAAGGCCAUGAUAGAUGGGGGAAUGGUGCAGUCACUUUCUGGUAUCCUUCGAGUGAUAGAUUUGGACCACCCAGAUGCUCCAAAGGUUGUAAACAUGAUACUCAAGGCUUUAGAAAGUCUUACAAGAGCUGCCAAUGCUAGUGAUCAAGUGCUCAAGUUGGAUGGGCUUGGUAAGAAAAGAUCUUCUGGAGCACAAGGUAGAACUGUAGAUCAGACUACUUCUGAAGUUGAAACUGAAAACCACGGUCAAAAUGCAAACUAUCAGCAUGAAGCUACUGUUACAGUACAACCUGCAGAGCAGCAGAUUCACGAACCUUCUCAAAAUGAUAGGGACCAUGGGACAAAUACAGAGCAGUCUAUAGAGCAGGAUAUGCGAGUUGAUGGGGAGGAAAACACUGUCACUAAUGCACCUGCUGAACAUGUGUUGGAGUAUAUGCGUGAGGACAUGGAUGAAGGUGGUGCACUACGGAAUUCAAAUGAGGUUGGAAUGACUUUUCAUGUUGAACACCAGACAGAUGAUGAUAUGGGCAAUGAAGAUGAGGAGGAUGUAGGGGAGGAUGGUGAAGAUGAUGAUGACGAUGAGGAGGAUGAGGAAGAGGAUGAAGAUAUAGCAGAAGAAGGAGCUGCAUUAAUGUCUUUAGCUGAUACAGAUGUGGAGGACCAUGAUGACAAUGGUAUGGGUGAUGAAUAUAAUGAUGACAUGCUUGAUGAAGAAGAUGACGGUUUCCCUGAUAAUCGUGUUAUUGAGGUGAGGUGGAGGGAUGGUUUAUCUGGGUUAGAUCACCUGCGAGUUUUAAGGGGACCUGGUGAUGCAAGCAGUUUCAAUGAUGUUGCUGCAGAGACCUUUCAUGAUGACAUAUCCCGUCUUCGUCGUCUAUUGGGUAUAGAACGCCGCCGUCAAAGUAGCAGGACUUUUCUUUCUCGGUCAAGGCUUGAAGGAAGUGCUUUCCAACAUCCAUUACUUGUGAGACCUUCACAAUUAGGGGAGCCGGUUGCUUCAUUGUGGUCUGCUAGCGGGAACUCAUCUAGAGACUUAGAAGCUUCAUCAUUUGGAGGUUUUGAUGUAGCCCAUUUCUACAUGUUAGAUGCUGGACUUCCAUCUGAACAUGCUGUUGCAACUAUGUUUGGUGACCGUUUGGUUGGUACUGCACCCCCUCCUCUAAUUGAUUUCUCACUUGGCAUGGAUUCUUUGAAUAUUGGUGGAAGAAGGGGAGCUGGUGAUAGUCGGUGGACUGAUGAUGGUCUGCCUCAGGCAGGUAGCCAUGCUGCUGCUAUUGCACAGGCAGUAGAGGAACAAUUUGUGUCUCAGUUGCGCGGGUUAAUUACUGUCAAUGACCCUCCAGAUCAGAGACAGCUUGAUCUCUCUGCAGGACAAGCUAACCAACAAUCGCCUCUAUUAAAUGCCAAUAGGGAUGCACCUGUGGCAGAUGAUCUUCCCACUGAACCAAGUGAAGGACAGCAUCAAGAAUUAGAGACUAGUCCAGGGCAUCAGCCGGGGAACUUGCCUGUUGGAGUUGAUACAAGCCUUCCAAACCUGUCUCAUGGAAUAAUUGAUGCACAGUCAGUUGUUGGAGCAGAGGAGAGUCAAGGGACACCAGAAAUAAGGCCAAGAUUUCCCGAUGAUCUGAAUGUUGCACGUAAUGGUAGUGAGACCAUACACUAUGGGGAAGGACCUGUGGAAGAAGUUGGCCCAACCACUGUGCCUUUAGAUACUAUUCCUGAAAUGGAUAUAUCAUCUGCUGACUUACAAAGUCUGGAUCACCCUAUGCUAGAUGGUUCUGAAGCACCUGCCAAUCCUCACAAUUUGGAAUUGCACAAUGAAAGUAGAGAGGGACUGUCAGUUUUGGAUAGCCAUUCUAGUAGUCAUGCCCUUAUUUCUUCAGGCUCUGGCAUGCCAGAGUUCAGUGAUGGUCAUGCUGGUUCAGCUCUUGCAAGUGCAGAUAUUGAUAUGAAUGGAGCAGACACCGUUGGGGAUCAAUUUGAGAGCCCUGUAACUGCUUCUAAUGGAGAAGAAUUAUCUGCCAGGCUAAAUCCAACAGUUCCUCAAGAUGCUAAUCAGGCUGAUCAAGUCAAUGUCAACAAUGAGGCUUCUAGCACAAAUGCAAUUGACCCAACAUUUUUGGAGGCACUGCCAGAGGAUCUCCGUGCUGAAGUGCUGGCUUCCCAGCAAAUUUCCCAACCUCGAUCUGCGCAAGCUGAAACAUAUGUUCCACCACCCACAGAAGAAAUAGAUCCUGAAUUUUUAGCUGCUCUUCCUCCAGAUAUCCAAGCUGAAGUUUUGGCUCAACAACGAGCACAAAGAAGCAUGCAUUCUCAGCCAGCGGAGGGGCAACCGGUUGACAUGGAUAAUGCUUCGAUUAUAGCUACUUUCCCUCCUGAUCUACGUGAGGAGGUACUCCUUACCUCAUCUGAAGCAGUUUUAUCAGCAUUACCUUCAGCUUUACUUGCUGAGGCCCAAAUGCUUAGAGAUAGAUACCAUCCUCGAAGCGGCUUCUUUGGAGGAAGCCAUAGACUUGGUGGCAGGAGGCUGGCAAUUGACAGGCAGAUAGUAAUGGAUAGAGGUGUGGGAGUUACUAUAGGUCGAAGAGCAGUGUCUGCCACUGCAAACAGCUCAAAGAUCAAAGAAAUUGAGGGAAUGCCUCUUUUGGAUGCAAAUGCUUUGAAAGCUCUUAUUCGCCUUUUAAGAUUAGCUCAGCCCCUGGGCAAAGGCCUUCUCCAAAGACUUCUAUUGAACCUAUGUGCACAUAGUAUUACACGUAAUAUUUUGGUUGGCCUUUUAGUUGAUAUGAUUAGACCUGAGGCUGAUGGGCAUAGUGGGUCGGCAAGCAUGAUUUCUCAGCGGCUUUAUGGAUGUCAGUGGAAUAUUGUCUAUGGCCGUCCUCAACCCACAGAUGGCCUUCCAACUCUCGUGUCUCGUCGAGUUCUUGAAAUCCUGACAUACCUGGCAACAAAUCAUUCAUCUGUUGCAGACAUUCUUUUUGACUUUGAUGGUGUGUUGGCCUCAGAAUCCUCAAACAGUAUCCAUUCAGAAAACAAGAGGGAAAAAGGUAAAGAGAAAAUCUUUGAGGCAAUGGCCUCAUCAAGUGUUCCAGAAACAUCACCUAAGGGUUCUAUGCCUCUAGUUAUAUUUUUGAAGCUUUUGAACAGACCGUUAUUUCUGCGCAGCAAUGCACAUCUUGAGCAGGUUAUGUCCUUGAUCCAAGUAGUAGUUAACACUGUUGUCUCAAAGAUUGAUUGCCCGCCUCCCUCUGCACAAGCUGCAGAUGGUUUUGCGAAUCAAGAGACUCAAAAAGAUUCUUCCACUUUAGAACAGAACCCUGGUCUGGAGAAGAAUCAAGGUCCUUGCCUGGUGGUGCCAUCUUCGGGCAGGAAUAACCCUGUGAGCCAAUAUGAUCUUCUUUUACAGCUUCCUGACUCUGAUUUACACAACCUCUGCACCAUUCUUGCUCAUGAAGGACUUUCAGAUAAAGUAUAUUCACUUGCUGCUGAAGUAGUAAAAAAAUUAGCAUCUGUUGCUUCUCCCCAUCGAAAAUUCUUUGCAACUGAGCUAGCAGGUUUAGCUCAUAAUUUGAGUUCUUCUGCUGUUUCUGAGCUCGUAACUUUGAGGAAUACGCAAAUGCUGGGACUUGGUGCUGGUUCUAUGGCUGGAGCUGCAGUCUUGCGUGUGCUACAAGCACUCGGUGCACUCACUUCAGUUGAUGAGAAAAAGGGCGAAGAUGUUGAGGAACAUGAGGAACAAUCUAUAUUAUGGAACCUAAAUGCAGCUCUUGAGCCAUUAUGGCAAGAACUAAGUGACUGCAUUAGCACUACUGAGGCAAAGCUAGGGCAGAGUUCAACUUUCUCUUCUCCUGUACUUUUGCCAGAUGCUGGUGAUAUUGGUGCCUCUUCCUCUCUUUCUCCACUUCUUCCUCCUGGCACACAGCAGCUAUUGCCAUUCAUAGAAGCUUUUUUUGUUCUGUGCGAGAAGCUGCAGACAAACCAAACUGUUGCGCUGCCAGAUAACAAUGUGACUGCAAGAGAAGUCAAAGAAUUUGCCAGUACUUCAUUGUCACCAUCCCUUAAGUGCAGUGGAACUGGCACUAUGACAUUUGCAAGGGUUGUAGAGAAGCAUCGACGCCUUCUGAAUGUUUUUAUAAGGCAAAGUCCAAGUUUGCUCGAAAAGUCACUGUCUAUGAUGUUGAAAGUUCCAAGGCUGAUUGAUUUUGACAACAAGAGAGCAUAUUUUCGGUCACGUAUUAGACAACAACAUGACCAUCACCCUUCUGCUCCUCUGCGGAUCAGUGUUCGCCGGGCAUAUGUCUUGGAGGAUUCAUACAAUCAGUUGCGGUUGCGUCCCAGUCAGGACUUGAAAGGUCGGUUAACUGUACAAUUUCAGGGAGAAGAGGGGAUUGAUGCUGGUGGGCUAACAAGGGAAUGGUAUCAAGUGCUCUCAAGGGUCAUUUUUGACAAAGGAGCCUUGCUUUUCACUACUGUUGGGAAUAAUGCAGCAUUCCAGCCUAAUCCAAAUUCUGUUUACCAAACGGAGCAUCUUUCCUAUUUCAAGUUUGUGGGCCGUGUGGUUGCAAAAGCACUGUUUGAUGGCCAACUUUUGGAUGUUCACUUCACUCGCUCAUUUUACAAGCACAUUCUUGGUGUGAAAGUAACUUAUCAUGACAUAGAAGCUGUUGAUCCUGAUUAUUACAAGAACUUGAAGUGGAUGCUUGAGAACGAUGUAAGUGAUAUCCCUGAUUUGACAUUUAGCAUGGAUGCCGAUGAGGAAAAACACAUCCUUUAUGAGAAAAAUCAGGUUACUGACUAUGAGCUUAUACCUGGAGGAAGGAAUAUCAGAGUUACAGAAGAAACAAAGCAUGACUAUGUGGACCUUGUGGCUGAACACAUAUUGAGUACAGCUAUUCGUCCUCAGAUUAAUUCCUUUUUAGAGGGUUUCAGUGAAUUAGUUCCACGGGAACUUAUUUCAAUAUUCAAUGACAAGGAACUUGAGCUUCUAAUUAGUGGACUUCCAGAAAUCGAUCUCGAUGAUUUGAAAGCCAACACAGAGUAUACUGGCUACACAACUGCAUCUCCUGUUAUCCAAUGGUUCUGGGAGGUUGUUAAAGCAUUUAACAAGGAGGAUAUGGCAAGACUGCUUCAAUUUGUAACUGGAACAUCUAAGGUUCCCUUAGAGGGCUUUAAAGCAUUGCAGGGUCUUUCUGGCCCUCAACAUUUUCAGAUUCACAAGGCAUAUGGUGCUCCGGAGAGACUACCUUCUGCCCAUACCUGUUUCAACCAGCUAGACCUGCCGGAAUAUUCCUCCAAGGAGCAGUUAGAAGAACGCUUGCUGCUUGCCAUCCAUGAAGCUAGUGAAGGUUUUGGCUUUGGUUGAUGUUUUGUACUUGUCAACCUCUCCCCUUGGUGCCAAUUAUCCUUUUCUGAUUGCGAUGUACAGGUUUCAGAGGCAAUCAGAUGAAGCUGAUGUCAAAAGCUUGUCUCUCUGAAAUGGCUGGCAUAGGAGAAGUUUUUGGAGAAGGGAAAACUAAUCUAACCUCGAACUCCUAGCUACCUUAUAGUCAGGGAAGAUAUUCUGCACUCUGACAGCAAUACCAAGGGCUUGGAGUCCUUUUUGUUUUUGGAUAUAGGCUCUACAGUUAAUUUUGAGGAGUGUAUAUGCUUGAAAAACAGUAGCCUGCCUUUAUGUAUAUUUUUUCUUUUCCUUUUUGUAUUAGACACCCUUUAUCUGCCCCACAGAUUGUGGAGGCUAGCGGCUGUUCAAAUGAAUAAUUGGUUGGCUUAUAUAUAUAUAUAUCUAUAUAUAUAUUAGCUUAAAUGGCUUGGUCCAGAUGUCAAAACUUUCUAUUGACUUUGUCUAUUAGAGUUAGGCAUACAAUUCUUGUA